GGCACUUUCCCCUGUAUAUAUUCCUCUAUAACGUACAUAUAAAACUUCCGUUUUGUUUCUAACAUAAGUCGCGAUGCUUUCUACUUCACUCAUUCUUGGGCUAGGCCUUGUGGGCUUUGGCGUUGCUGCUCCCUCCUAUCCGCAGAGCAUCAAAGCCCGCCAAGCCCCUGGCGCUCAAAACGUUGUUUAUUGGGGGGGCAACAAUAACGAGAAUGACAACCUAGCUACCUACUGCAAGCCUGGUGCAGGUAUUGAUAUCCUUGUGCUUUCUUUCUUGGAUAUAUAUGGUACAACUGGAAAUAUCCCUUAUGGUAACAUUGGAAAUUCCUGUUAUAUCGGCUCGACUGGAGUGCCCCAGCAGUGCGAUAACUUGGCUGCCUCAAUAGCUACUUGCCAAGCUGCUGGAAUUAAGAUAAUUUUAUCGCUUGGAGGUGCCGCCGGCUCUUACUCUUUACAAUCUCAGUCCCAAGCUGUCGCUAUUGGUCAAUAUCUCUGGGAAGCUUAUGGCAAUUCCGGCAGUACUUCUGUAGUACGACCCUUUGGAAACGUAAUUGUCGAUGGAUGGGACUUUGAUCUUGAGUUGAAUCUCGGGAACCAGUACUAUCAAUAUUUAAUCUCAACUCUCCGGUCUAACUUCCCCAGCGACCCCACGAAGACAUAUUACAUUACUGGCGCUCCGCAAUGCCCGAUUCCAGAGCCCAACAUGGGAGAAAUCAUCAGUACCUCGGUGUUCGACUAUCUCUGGAUUCAAUUCUACAACAAUAACGGCUACGGUCCAGACCCUUGUUCUCUCGGAUUGCCGGGCGAUGCGCCGUUUAACUUCAAUAACUGGACGUCAUUCAUUGCCACAACGCCCUCAAAAAAUGCCAAAUUAUUCAUCGGAGUGCCCGCCAACACCCUCGCUGCCAACGGCAACGCUGGCGGUGCAGUUUACUACGCCACGCCCGCUCAACUUGCCACCAUUGUCCAAAACACCAAAUCCAACCCAGCAUUCGGCGGAAUCAUGAUGUGGGCUGCUGGCUACUCUGAUGCCAACGUGAACAAUGGAUGCACUUACGCCCAAGAGGCAAAGAACAUCCUCCUGACUGGUGCUCCUUGUGGUGGCUCCCAGCCCGUCAGCUCCAGCCUCCCGACAACUACCGCAAAGCCUACCAAGUCUGCCACUAGCACUUCGUCAGCCACGGGAUCGGGUCCGACAGGGACAGUUCCCCAAUGGGGCCAGUGUGGUGGCGAGGGUUACACAGGCCCAACACAGUGCAUUGCCCCAUAUAAAUGUGUAGCACAAGGCGAAUGGUGGUCGUCCUGCCAAUAGAGCAGAUGUGUGGUCAUCGCUGGGUAUUUGAACCUUAUAAGGAGCUCGAGAAAUUAUUUGUAUAUAUUAAAACAUGACUGCAUGGAAAGGCUUGAGAGUUUUAAGGUCAUUACAAUAUGGGCGCAGCUAUUAGCUGAUAUCAUGUAAUCACAUCACAGUCCGUUAGGCUGUUCAUAAUGAGUGGUAUCAAGAGCCGUACGAGGAGGGCAUCAUUAUCGGAUGGUGUCAUCUAAUUAUCGCAUAGGCUUAUAAGUCUUGAAUCAAAUUGGAUACGAUUGGC